CUUUCCAGGUCAAAAGAACAGUGAGUAUAAUUUUGAAUUAUUACUAGUCAAACUGUAAAUAAAAAGAAGUCCCUGUUAUUCAAAUUCCAUUUUAUAAGUCAACGAUAUACCAGAAAUGAUGACAAGAAAAAUAAGAUGGUCAAUACUCCAUUGCUGCUAGUUGAUAAAAAAGAAUACCUGCUCUUGCUCCCUCAUUAAUCAUCACCGCCGCCAUGAAUGCCCUUCUCUCGCAGCGUUUGGUGCUUCUCUCUCUAUUCCUGCUUCAUCUCAACCUUUUCGCUGUAGCUUCUGCGUCUGACCCUGUAAAUCCCGACGCUGAUAGGUGCAGUAACCCUAGUAAGAGUAAGACUUUCAGGGACGAAUGGCCUCGGCUUCAGACCGCUGUGGACAGAGUGAUUAGACAAAUUGAAGGGUUUGAUAAUUCUAGCUUCACUCCUGACGACUACAUGUUUUAUUAUACAAUUGUAUAUGAAUUGUGUACAGACCGCCAGGGUGAGAAAAACUCUAAGAUGCUCUAUGAUCAGUAUAAAAAGGUUUUCGACGAAUACAUCAAUUCCACUGUUCUACCAUCUUUGAGAGUAAAGGAAGAUGAAGACUUGUUAGUAGGACUGCUUAGAAGAUGGUCAAAUCAUAAAAUCAUGACUUGGUGGCUUUCAAGAUUUUUUAAUUAUCUUAACAGAUACUACAUCCCUAGAUGGGGACUUCCAUCUCUUGAAGAAAGUAGUUUAUUGUCCUUCCACGACUUGGUUUAUGGAGAGAUGAAUAAGCAGAUAGUGGGUGCUGUAUUAUAUAUGACUGAUAGGGAACAUGCUGGAGAGCACAUUGAUCGUGCUUUGCUCAAUAAUGUGCUUGCUAUCUACACGGAGAUUGGAGACAUCUCAAGAAAAUACCAUGCAAAAGGCUUUGAGGAAAUGCUUAAAGGAAGUACUACAUUCUACUUUGAUGGGGCUUCAAGUUGGAUGGCAAAUAACUUCUUUAAGGAUCCCAAACCCAAGGAAGAGAAAUUAGAUGAUCAUCCAAUAAAGUCAACGAAGCAAGUCUAUUUGACGAGCUCUGAUGGAGAUAUAUUUGUAGUUAAUUAUGAUGUUGCACUUAUGCUAGAGUCAAUCAAGGACAUGGUUGAAUCUGAAGCCACUUCUACAGCCAAUAGCACCAUUCCUCUUAAAUUGAGCAGCAAGAUCUUGAUCAAGGUCAUCCAGUACUGCUAUAAGCAUGUUGAAUCUUCCAAUUUCGAGGGCAAAACCUCAGGCGUUGAUCUCAAGGACUGGGAUGUCAAAUUUGUGGAGGUCAAUAAUGCCACGCUGUUCGAUCUCAUUCUGGCUUCGAACUACUUGAACAUCAAGAGUCUGCUGGAUCUGGCAUCCCAGAAGGUAGGAGACAUGAUGAAAGGGAAGACUCCUGAGGAAAUUCGCAAGAUGUUUAACAUUAAGGAUGAAUUUGAACCCAAAGAAGAUGAGGAAUUUCUUAAGGAGAACCGGUGAACAUUUAGAGGGUUAGCUGCUGAAGUUUCUGAGAUUUUCUGAGUGUUGUUCUAUGUAUGUCCUAUUAUUUUGUAACUUUCUGUUGGAUCAUUUGGUGUUUUAAAGCGAUCACCUUUCCCUUGGAGCCAUUCAACUGUAUAUUGUUACUGUUUAAUGCCAGGGAAUCAAGAAACUACCUGUAAAAAAGGGGUUAUAUAAGGAUUUUGUUAAUUUGUACAAUAUGACAUUAUAUAAAGAAAUAAUAUACCCUGUGAAAAGUUGGUCAUGCA